AUGUUAAAAUAUACUGCACUAAUCCAUCUCCUAGCAAUAUCACAAUGUCUACUUCAAGACCAUUUCAAAGAUCUUGAAUGGACAGACACAGACACUAAUGCCACAGUCACGACAACGACACCUCGAUUCAACCUCACGGAAAUCACUCCAUACUUUCUCAAAAUCACCCAGCAACGGGAGCUGACCCAACUGCAACCGCAUGUUUACGCCAUAUCCACUCUCGAUAAACUUCAAUCAUCAACCCACAUCUCAAAACUCUCCAAUCACAACAAUAUAUUUUAUAUAAAAUCAAGACAAAGUUCACUCCAGUUCGACCACAAGCUCGAGUACUGGACAUUGCUCACUGCAAACUCCACUACAGUCACGGAUGCAACUGCAACUGCAAACACAAACACAAACACAAACACAGACACAAACACACUUACUAGCUCCACCUGGAUCCCCAUCACAUCCUGCCUCGAACUGAUCCACGGCAGCGGCGGCUACUUAUCCCGCUACAUCACCAUCCACCUCGAGCAAACACUAGACCAAAUCGGCGAAGCAACGUUGGGGAUCCCUCCGUUAUACUUUGCAAUAGGAACGAGUUUGGCCAUGGGUAAACGAGUCGGGUUCGCAAAGCAAAAUACGUUGUUGUUCAGUUGUGCCAUAAACCCGGGCGAGGUGGCUCAAUUCUACAUCAGGCCCCAUUUUGUCAAUGUUGUUGGAUUGAAGCGGGUUUGGUUCAAGUUUAAGGGGAAAAAAUUGCAUUAUGUGGGGUAUAACUUUAUCAAACCUUUUAAAAUGCUCGUGGUGGAUACGCCAGAACAUCAAUGUUGGGUAUCGAGGAAUAUCAAUGAUUUGCAAUGCGGAGAGGGGGGGGAGAAGAAGCAAUGCUGGUGGUGUUGA